AUGAAGCUCGUCAACGUACUAAGGGCCUUAGUUCGUUCCGGCAGGGAUGACUUGCCGGCCACGAUAAGACAGAGUAGAGUGUUUACACUUGCACAAGAGUUCCAGGAUGACGUCUUGGGGUAUCUUCAGAAGAUACCCCACUUCUUCCGUUUGCCGAGGUUCAAAAUACUGGUAGUGCACGCACGAUUGGAUCCCAGUAGCCUUCUGUCUAAGCAGUUCGUAAGUGCUGUAAUUCGCAUGCGGAUCAUCAUGGAGCGAGCCCCAUAUAAUAGACUAAACAAUGCGUUCCGGAAAAAUACCCAUUUCCAACACGAUCUGGAGCCUCUCAAAAGUUCAACCCACACAUGA